AAUCAAAUGUCAAACAAAGCACCGGUUUGUAAAAACGACGCUUCCGUUUUGGAAAGAGUGUUAAUUAAAACAGUUAUUGUAUACUUAAUAUUGUGGUAAAUGAGAUAAAAAGUUUUAAAUAAAAAGAAAGAACACUCAAAAUGGCAAAUGGACCGAUUGCUGAACGCAAUAGAGAUGCCACGAUUUAUGUUGGUGGUUUGGACGAUAAAGUCACCGAGUCUCUACUGUGGGAACUGUUCGUACAAUCGGGUCCACUAGUGAACGUUCACAUGCCCAAAGACAGGGUAACAAUGAUGCACCAAGGUUAUGGUUUCGUAGAAUUCAUGGGAGAAGAAGAUGCCGAUUAUGCCAUCAAAAUAAUGAAUAUGAUAAAGCUAUAUGGAAAACCAAUACGAGUAAACAAAGCAUCAGCUCACCAGAAAAACCUUGAUGUUGGUGCAAAUAUUUUUAUAGGUAAUUUAGACCCCGAAGUAGAUGAAAAGCUACUCUAUGACACAUUCUCAGCGUUUGGUGUAAUACUUCAAACACCCAAGAUAAUGAGAGACCCAGACACAGGCAACUCCAAAGGCUUCGCCUUCAUCAACUUCGCCAGCUUUGAAGCCUCUGACGCUUCCAUCGAAGCCAUGAAUGGACAAUACUUGUGCAACCGUCCCAUUUCAGUCUCAUAUGCCUUCAAGAAAGACUCCAAAGGCGAACGCCACGGUUCCGCCGCCGAACGUCUCCUAGCUGCCCAGAACCCACUGUCCCAAGCUGACCGCCCGCAUCAGCUCUUCGCCGACGCGCCGCCAAUGGGCAUGAUGCCCCCAGGCAUGACCCUAGCCCCACCCCCACCACCUGUCAUCCUCGCAGGCAUGAUGCCACCUCCGCCACCCACUCCAGCGGCAAUGCAGCCGCCGCCGCCACCUCCUGUCCCACCACCAAACUCGUUCCCCUCUGGUAUACCGCCUCCACCUUUACCUCCCUCCCAGCCCCCUCUGCCCCCAGGCGCGCCACCACCACCCCCAGCAACAUCUGCCGGGGGCGCUCCAAGGCCUCCUCUACCUCCAGCAUCUUCGCAAGCACCGACGGGAGCGCCGCGGAUGAUACCGCCCCCGUGGCAAGGAGGAGCAGGAAAUUUGCCGCCGCCACCACCGGGGCCACCGAGUUCCGCUCCUCCGAGUUCUACAGCUCCACCUUUUACGCCGUUCCCGCCGCCGCCUCCUCCAGGGGGCAGGCCUCCGAAUUGGCGUCCGCCGGUUAAUUUUGGGGGGCCGGGGAGACCGCCGUUCCCGCCAAGAGGGCCCCCGCCACCGCCUCCGAGCAAUUUUACGGAAAAUAACUGGUAGAUUAAGAUGUGUGUUCAGAUGUUUAUUAAUAAAGUGAAAGUUUAUUGGAA